AUGCCUCCAAAAAAGGGAAAAGGAAAAAAGAAUCACGACUCUGAUGAUGAUGAAUCAGAAGAAGUCUAUGAACCAAAGGCCACUAAGAAAAUUCAAAAACAACCCUAAAAAAAACAAUAAGGAUCAGCGAAAAAAUAAAAAGAAGAUGACUCCGGUGAGUCUUCAUAAUCUAGUGAAGAAUCAAAUCAAAAACAAAGUAAAAAUAAGAAGGCCUAAUCUUAAAAAUAAAACAAACCUACAAAUAAUACUAAAAGGAAAUAAAUAAAAGAAGAUGAUGAUGAUGAAAAUUCUGAGAGUGUUGAGAAAGACAAAGAUAAUUUCAAAUUAUAUUAAAAAAAAGAGACUCCACCUGAAGAGGAUCCUUGCAGAAUUUAUUAUGAAUCACUCUAUAGAGAAAGACCAGAGUCUAUAUUAGCUAUUAAAUAUUGCCUAGAUUAUGGUCUCAUUGACGAAGCCAAUAUCUAAAAAGCUCAUAAAUUUUAUGAAAAACAUAAAUCUAAAUAAAGAUGA